UCAGCAGGGGGAGGAAGUUCAUGGCCCAGGGUAAAGAGCCAAUGGGACCAGGCUAUAGAAGGCUGUGCUGGUUUUUCCUCUGAGUAACCAGGACUCUAUAAGGCUUUAACACACUGAGACUCAUGUCUUAAAGGAAUGAUGUUAGCACCACAUGAGCAGAGACUUAAUGUAAAUAAGAAUUUAAUUGUCCUGAACCCGCUCACAGUGACAGAGGAAGAAAUAAGACCAUCACUAGAGAAACGCCUAGAAGCCAUCAUCAGUGGAGCUGCACUAUUGGCUGACUCUUCCUGCACCAGGGACAUCCACAGAGAACGGAUCAUCGCUGAGUGCAAUGCCAUCCGCCAGGCUCUCCAGGACCUGCUGUCCGAGUACAUGAACAAUACUGGAAAAACAGAAAAGAGUAGUACCCUGAAUGCCGCCAUAGACAACAUGAGCAAGAAAACAAGAGAUCUCCGCAGACAGCUCCGCAAGGCUAUUAUAGAUCACAUAUCUGAUUCUUUCUUGGACACAACAGUUCCACUCCUGGUUCUCAUUGAAGCUGCCAAGAAUGGCCGAGAAAAGGAAAUCAAAGAAUAUGCUGCGAUAUUUCGUGAGCACACAGGCAGGCUUGUGGAGGUGGCAAACCUUGCUUGUUCCAUGUCAACAAAUGAAGAUGGGAUUAAAAUUGUCAGAAUUGCGGCCAAUCACCUGGAAACUCUGUGUCCACAGAUCAUAAAUGCUGCACUUGCUUUGGCAUCAAGACCCAAGAGUCAAGUGGUCAAAAACACCAUGGAAAUGUAUAAGCGCACAUGGGAACAUUAUAUUCAUGUUCUCACUGAAGCAGUGGAUGACAUCACCAGCAUUGAUGACUUCCUGGCUGUAUCUGAAAGCCACAUCCUGGAAGAUGUCAACAAAUGCAUUAUAGCCUUGAGGGACCAGGAUACUGACAACUUAGACCGAGCUGCAGGUGCCAUCAGAGGAAGAGCAAUAAGAGUAGCUCACAUUGUCACGGGUGAAAUGGACAGUUACGAACCAGGUGCUUACACUGAAGGUGUUAUGAGAAAUGUCAACUUCCUCACAAGUACUGUGAUCCCUGAGUUCGUGACACAAGUUAAUGUUGCCUUGGAUGCCUUAAGCAAGAACUUGCUGACUGUGUUUGAUGAUAAUCAGUUUGUGGACAUCUCAAAGAAGAUCUAUGACACAAUUCAUGAUAUCAGAUGUUCAGUCAUGAUGAUUCGGACUCCAGAGGAACUAGAGGAUGUUUCUGACCUUGAAGAAGAUCAUGAGGUCCGUAGCCAUGCCAGCAUUCAGACAGAAGGAAAAACUGACCGAGCUAAGAUGACUCAACUGCCUGAGGCAGAAAAGGAAAAGAUUGCUGAGCAAGUAGCCGAUUUCAAGAAGGUGAAGAGCAGGCUGGAUGCUGAGAUUGAGAUCUGGGAUGACACAAGCAAUGACAUCAUUGUUCUUGCCAAGAAGAUGUGCAUGAUCAUGAUGGAGAUGACAGACUUCACACGGGGAAAAGGACCACUAAAGCAUACUACUGAUGUAAUCUAUGCAGCUAAGAUGAUAUCAGAGUCAGGAUCAAGAAUGGAUGUUCUUGCUCGGCAGAUUGCUAACCAGUGUCCAGAUCCACCGUGCAAACAGGACUUGCUGGCUUAUCUGGAACAGAUUAAAUUUUACUCUCACCAACUGAAAAUCUGCAGCCAAGUUAAAGCUGAGAUCCAAAACCUGGGUGGUGAGCUCAUCAUGUCAGCUUUGGACAGUGUCACCUCCCUGAUCCAGGCAGCCAAAAAUUUAAUGAAUGCUGUAGUGCAAACAGUGAAAAUGUCGUACAUUGCUUCUACCAAGAUCAUCCGCAUCCAGAGUUCUGUGGGGCCCCGGCAUCCCGUUGUCAUGUGGAGGAUGAAGGCUCCAGCAAAAAAGCCCUUGAUUAAGAAAGAGAAGCCAGAAGAAACAUGUGCAGCUGUCAGAAGAGGCUCAGCAAAGAAAAAGAUACACCCUGUCCAAGUCAUGCGUGAAUUUAGAGGGAGACAAGUCUACUGAGGCACUAGUCCACUCCAGUGCCCAUUUCCACACCCCAGGCCAAACACACUGCUUUAUUUCACAGUUCACUGGUUCUUUAAUUUUACUAAGUUUUGGAAUUAAGUUCACAAAUAGCAUAAAGCAUUGGGGUUAAACUAUUGUGCACAAUGUGUGUUUGGGGUCCUG